AUGGAGUAUCACGUCUUCAAGCAAGUCAUCCAGACGGUCUUGAUCGCCAUCUUCGUCCUCUUGGGCGUCAUGGUCCUCGUUGAGAAGAUCCCCGCCUCAAUUGGCAACAACACUGCUCGUCAGGCUGCAAAGAAGAUUCAGGGGCUGGAGCAGGAGGUCGCCAACCUGAUGGCUGAGGUCGAGGAUGCCAAGGAGUCUAAGGAGAGAAUCGCCAAGCUCACGGAAGAGCGCGAGGCCGCCAAUCACAAGAUCGCCGAACUCACGAAGAAGCUUGAGGCCGCCGAGGAGAAGUCGCAGGCACUGACUGACGCGCUUUAUGUGGAGGCCAAGGCCGCUGAGAAGUCUCAGCUGGAGAUUGUCGACUUGAUGAACGAGCUGGACGCCGCCCGCAACUUCGGUGCCAUCACCCUCAACGCAGCUUUCCAAAUCAACCAGGAGGCCCGCGAGAAGACUCAACAACUCUAUGCAGCAGCACCUGAGCAGGUCCGCAAGUUCAGCAACUUCGGCUUGCAGAAUUGGAGCGGGGCAAUGAAGGAUAUCCAGGAAUGCAUAAAGCUUGAUUAUGGCCGUAUCAAGCUUCUCGACGAGGCGACUGCCGUGGAGCACGCCAUGCAAGCCUCCCUGGAUGAGAUGGACGAGGCGGCGAAGAAGAAUGCUCCCCCUUCUGCUACCUCGUCUGCUUAG